AUGCGUGCAUCUUUGAAACAUUUCCACACGUUUGCAGCUCCCAAAGGGCUGUACAAGGGCUCGACGGCGCAGGGCGUAGAGUGCGGGACGCGCGCCGAGCGGCCGCGGACGCUCCGCCGCCUGCGCAGCGUGUACGAGGGAGGCGGCGCCGGAGGCGGCUCCGGGGGCGCCGCGGACGCCGGGGCCACCACCAACGGCCGCGCCUCUGGCGAAGACGCUGACAAGCCCAGUGCCGGCACGCUGUCCAUCUUGAGCCCGUUCGACGAGCAGGAGGAGUGGGCUAAGAUCUCGGAGAUCAUGGCCUCGUUUGGCACCGGGCUCGUCCGCGAGUCCGUCUUCGUCAGCGAUCUCGAGAAGGAGUUUCAGAGCAGGCUCGGUGAUACAACAUCAAGCAGUAGCGGAUAUCUUGCUGCCAGCGGUAGCCCGGGCGGCGUGCAGACGCCGGUCGGCGAGUGGCUGGCCUCGCUGGGGUUGGCCGGCUACGAGCCCAUGUUCCUGUCCAGCGGCUACGACGACAUCGACUUCAUCAACGGAGUGCUGGAGGAGCGCGACCUGAAGGAGAUGGGCGUGGACAGCGAGCGCGAGCGGGCGACCAUCCUGCGCGCGGCGCAGUCGCUGCCGUGCCGCUUGUCCGCGGUUGCCGCCGCCGCCGCGACGCCGCCUCCGGGCGCCGCCCCCGGGGGCCCCUCCGGCGAGGUGGACGCGUGGCUGUCGUCGCUGCGGCUGGACUGCUACCGCGACACCUUCCGCCGCCACCUCUACUGCGACAUGGCGCGCGUUCGCCGCGUCUGGGAGGUGGAGCUGUCCGCCGUGCUGGACAUCGGCCGCGUCGGACACCGCCGCCGCAUGCUCGCCUCCGUGGGCGGCGCCAGGCCGCCGGACCUCGAGGGCCUCAGCGCAGACCUCGACCAGCUGAAGAGUAACAUCCAGCAGCUGAAGGACGAGAUCCGCGAGAAGCUGCCGGCGUCGGCCGCCUCCGCCUCCGCCCCCGCGCCGCCGUGCGGCACGCUGGGCCGCCCCCGCAAGGCGCGGCCGGCGCCGCAGCCGCCGUCCGACCUGUGCAUCCGCGAGCCGGCGCAGCUGCUGGUGGGCGUGCCCUCGGCGCUCACCACGCGCUGGCGACACCGGCCGCACGCGCUCGUCUCCGGAGCCGUCACCUACGUCGCCAACUACCUGGGUUCGACGCUGGUUAAGGAAUUGCGUGGCACCGAGUCGACCAAGAAGUCCAUCCAGAAGCUGAAGAAGACGCCAAGGGAGUCUCGUACCACGCCCGACAUUGCGCUGUGCAUCUCGUACCGCGGCGUCAAGUUCCUCAACACCGUCACCAAGGAGCUGGUCUGCGAGCACGAGAUCCGCAACAUCCACUGCGCCUGCCAGGACGCGGACGACAUGACGCACUUCGCCUACAUCACCAAGGACCACGGCAGCUCCAGCCACUUCUGCCACGUCUUCUGCGUCGACACCAUGGACCAGGCGACGGAGGUGAUCCUGACGCUGGGCCAGGCGUUCGAGGUGGCCUACCAGAUGGCGCUGCGCGACCAGCUGACUCCGCAGCACAACCACCACCACCACCCGCACCACCACCACCAGUGGGCGCGUCGCCCCACGCCGCCCCCGCCGCCGCUUCCACCCCUGGCGCGACAUCUCCCGCCCCCGAGGCCCUGGCCGAGGAGCUGUAGCCCCGUCUGCAGCGUCGGCGCGCCGUCCGCCGGAGGCGGCGUCGACCACUCCGGACGGCUGCCCCCGGCGCCGCCCCCGCCGCCGCUCAGCUGA